CUCAGGCCUUCAUAAAGCCCUCUCAGGCCGGGAGCCCUGGAGCCUGGGCAGGAUGGAGAGGCGACGUGUGUCUUCACGCCGCUCCUACAUUGUCUCCUCAGCAGAGAUGGUGGGGGGCGUCCUGGGCGCUGGCCGCCGCCUGGGCCCCGGCACCCGCCUCUCCCUGGCCCGAAUGCCCCCACCACUCCCGGCCCGGGUGGACUUCUCGCUGGCUGGGGCGCUCAACACUGGCUUCAAGGAGACCCGGGCCAGCGAGCGAGCAGAGAUGAUGGAGCUCAACGACCGCUUCGCCAGCUACAUUGAGAAGGUUCGCUUCCUGGAGCAGCAAAACAAGGCGCUGGCGGCAGAGCUGAACCAGCUGCGGGCCAAGGAGCCCACCAAGCUGGCCGACGUGUACCAGGCUGAGCUGCGUGAGCUGCGGCUGCGGCUGGACCAGCUCACUGCCAGCAGUGCCCGGCUUGAGGUUGAGAGGGACAACCUGGCGCAGGACCUGGGCACCCUGAGGCAGAAGUUUCAGGAUGAAACCAACCUGAGGCUGGAGGCAGAAAACAACCUGGCGGCCUACAGACAGGAGGCAGAUGAAGCCACCCUGGCCCGUCUGGAUCUGGAGAGGAAGAUCGAGUCCCUGGAGGAGGAGAUCCGGUUCUUGAGGAAGGUCCAUGAGGAGGAAGUCCAGGAGCUGCAGGAGCAGCUGGCCCGACAGCAAGUCCACGUGGAGCUGGACGUGGCCAAGCCAGACCUCACCGCAGCCCUGCGGGAGAUCCGCACACAAUACGAGGCAGUGGCGUCCAGCAACAUGCACGAGGCAGAGGAGUGGUACCGCUCCAAGUUUGCCGACCUGACAGACGCCUGGGCGAGGAGGAUGGGGGGCCGAAGGCGGAGCCUGGGGGGGGCGGCUGGGGUCGGCCGGGGCCUCAAGCCUCCCCGGGGCUCCAUCCCACAGAACGAGUCCCUGGAGCGGCAGAUGCGGGAGCAGGAGGAGCGCCACGCGCGGGAGGCGGUGGGCUACCAGGAGGCGCUGGCCCGGCUGGAGGAGGAGGGGCAGAGCCUCAAGGACGAGAUGGCCCGACACCUGCAGGAGUACCAGGACCUGCUCAACGUCAAGCUGGCCCUGGACAUCGAGAUCGCCACCUACAGGAAGCUGCUGGAGGGCGAGGAGAACCGCAUCACCAUUCCUGUGCAGACCUUCUCCAACCUACAGAUCCGAGAGACCAGCCUGGACACCAAGUCCGUGUCAGAAGGCCACCUCAAGAGAAACAUCAUGGUGAAGACCGUGGAGAUGCGGGACGGAGAGGUCAUUAAGGAGUCCAAGCAGGAGCACAAGGACGUGAUGUGAGGCAGACCCCUGUGGCCCCUGCUCCGCAGUGGGAGAGGCCUGUGGCAGGGGCAGGAUGCUUGCCCCUCCUCUGAUGGCUCCUUUCCCCAGACCCGAGUUCCCCCCAUCCUAUCCCUGUCUCUAGGGCAGCUCGAUGCCGAGGCACCGUCAGCGUUAGGCCUGCCAGGGGGCACCCCACCCCUCACCAGCAACUCCAACUAACAGGGCUCUCACCUCAAAGGGACUAUCUAGGGGGCAUGGCCAGCUGCGUCGGAUAGAAUUAGGAGGGAGGAGAGGCGAGGGGGAGGCAGGGAGCCUAACAAACCCCCUUCCAUGUCCCAUACCCAUCGUUAUGGCAACUGUUGCCAGAGCUGGUCCUCCGGGGAUGUCUGGGAACUGGGCCCUCAGGCUGCCAGAGGCACCGGGACUCAGAUGGCAGGGGGCAACCCCACAGGCAAUGCAGCCCUGGCCAGAGGCUCGUGGGUUUUUUUUUUUCUUUAUGAGACAGGUCUAUGUUGCCCAGGAUGGUCUCCAGCUCCUGGUCCCAAGCAA